UCAUAUUUUCUCUCUCCAUCUGAUGUGGAUAAAUGUGUGAGGUGUCCAGAGGACCUCUAUGCCAAAAGAGAGCAGAACCAGUGCAUUCCCAAAUCUGUGAUCUUUCUGAACUACGAAGAUCCAUGGAGGUUUUCUUUUGCCUUAAUGGCAUUGUGUUUCUCUGCAUUCACAGUUCUGGUUCUUGGGAUCUUUGUAAAGCACCAUGACACUCCCCUUGUGAGGGCCAACAACCGGUAUCUUAGUUACAUACUGCUCAUCUCACUCACCUUUUGUUUCUUAUGCCCCUUGCUCUUCAUUGGCCAAACCAAAUCAGCUACCUAUGUCCUGCAGCAAAUCACAUUUUUAGUUGUAUUCACUGUGGCUGUUUCCACUGUGUUGUCCAAAACAGUGACUGUGCUGCUGGCCUUCAAAGUCACAGUCCCUGGAAGAAUGAGAUAUUUUCUGGUCUCGGGGGCACCCAACUACAUCAUAGCCAUCUGUACCCUCAUCCAAAUUAUUGUCUGUGCAAUUUGGCUUCAAGUUUCUCCUCCCUCUAUUGACACUGAUACACACUCUGAGCAUGGCCAAAUCAUCAUUGUAUGCAUCAAAGGCUCAGUUACUGCAUUUUACUGCAUCUUGGGAUACCAUGGCUUGCUUGCCUUGGGAAGCUUCAUUCUGGCUUUCUUGGCCAGGAAUCUCCCUGACAAAUUAAAUGAAGCCAAAUUGCUAACCUUCAGCAUGCUGUUGUUCUGCAGUAUCUGGGUCACCUUUCUCCCUGUCUACCAUAGCACCAAGGGCAAGGCCAUGGUUGUUGUGGAGGUAUUCUCCAUCUUGGUCUCUAGUGCAGGCCUGCUGGGAUGUAUCAUUAUGCCCAAGUUCUACAUAAUUUUGUUUAAACUAGAGAGAGAUUCUCUUGAAAAGAUAAGGGAGAAAACAUCUUCCUGA